AUGGCUGGCAAGGACGAAUUGAUGCCAGAAGGCGUGCACCACUAUGACGAAUCUUCUGAAAUGCCCGAGAACAUUCAAAAAUACUGGCAUCAACGCUACGAUAUCUGGUCUCGUUAUGAUGAAGGCAUCUGGAUGACUGACGACGUCUGGUUUGGCGUGACACCUGAGCCGAUAGCCAACCGUAUAGCUGAUCACAUCAAGACUGGUGGGCCUGAAUCGAAAUCGAUCAUCAUAGACGCGUUUGCUGGUGCUGGUGGCAAUGCCAUUGCUUUCGCCCUUUCUGGUCGCUUCAAGCAGGUCUUCGCUAUUGAGAAAGACCCUGCAACACUCGCAUGCGCACGACACAACGCCGAGGUAUAUGGUGUGGCGUCAAAAAUCUGGUGGAUCGAAGGCGACUGCUUCGACGUCUUGAAGAAACGUCUAAAGUCGUUGGCUAAGGAUGCCAUUGUGUUCGCCAGUCCUCCAUGGGGAGGCCCGCAAUACAGCGAUGAUAACAUCUUCGACCUCAGCACCAUGCAACCUUACAAUCUCAAGCACAUCUAUGACAAAUUCGCGGCCUACGUCCCAGACUUCGUCCUCUUUCUGCCACGAAGCUCGGAUUUGAACCAACUCGCCAAAUAUGCCCCCGAUGACAAGAAGCUUGAAGUAGUGCACUAUUGCACAAACGGAUCGAGCAAGGCUCUUUGCGCUUACUUUGGCGAGUUCAAGUUUCCAUGA